UUUUGUUUGGCGUUUUUUUAAAAGUGUACUGUUCGUUGCAGUAAUUGUUGUUUUCGGAUAAAAUUUAAAGGUUUCUUUAUCACAUGGAAAAAUAACGAUGAUGAAAUUCAUUACUUACUUUCUUGCUCAAAUUGGUCCUAAUUCAGAAUAUACUUGGACUCGUCUAAUCUAUAGUGCACUUAAAGCCCCUACAUAUCACUUAUACUUUGAGUUACUUUUAAUCAUUGGUAUUGUUUGGCUGUUGUUUAAACGCAGUUAUCGUAUCAAUGAUGUAAUUAAUUUGAGUGUAGAGGAAAAAAAUCAACUAAUUAAUGAAUGGAAACCUGAUAGUUUGGUUCCAAAGGAUUGGGAACCACCAAAAUAUCUCUUGAAACAGUUUCAUAGAUGCGCAUACGGUCGACUUGGCAAGUAUGUGAAUUUCAACCCAACAGGAGGAGAAAAUGAGAGUAAUGAAAAGAUGAACAACAGAGGACAUUUAAAUUUUGCAACACUGAAUUUCUUGAAUUUCAUUGAAGAUCAAGAUUUAUCUACUGCUGCUGUUGAACAGAUGAAAAAGUAUGGUGUUGGAUCUUGUGGACCCAGAGGAUUUUAUGGCACUUUUGAUGUUCAUUUAGAGCUUGAAGAAAUAUUGGCUAAAUAUCUUGGCGUAGAAAAAGCUGUCAUUUAUUCUUAUGGAGCUGCUACAUUUUCCAGUGCUAUUCCAUCGUAUUCCAAACGAACUGAUGUCAUAUUUGCUGAUGAAGGUAUCAGCCCUGCCGCAUAUCAAGGAUUAGUGGCAUCAAGAAGUCAUGUUCGAUUUUUUCGUCAUAAUGAUAUGGAACAUUUGGAACAGCUACUCAUGGCACAGGCAAAAAAAGAUAAAGAAGAUCCUAAGCGUGCUAUGCUAACACGUCGAUUUUUUGUUGUUGAUGGUUUAUAUCUUAAUUAUGGUGAUAUUUGUCCUCUACCAGAUCUAAUCGCUUUAAAGUAUAAGUAUAAAGUGCGUAUAUUAUUAGAUGAAACAGUAUCUUUUGGAGUACUUGGCAAAACAGGUAGAGGUGUAACAGAAUAUUUCGGUGUUGAUGUUGAAGAUAUUGAUUUGAUUUCAGGUUCGUUAGAAACUGCCUUAGGGGUAUGUGGUGGAUUCUGUGCUGGAUCUCAGUUUGUUGUUGGUCAUCAAGAACUCUCUGGACAAGGAUAUUGUUUUUCAGCUUCUCUACCACCAAUGUUGGCUUCAGCUGCAAUCACAGCAGUUUUUAAACUACAAUCUGAAUUUGAGAAUGGUAGACGUAACAGGCGUUUAUUGGAGUUAGCCAGGCUAGCGGACAAUAUUUUCCAUUCUGAUAAAAAGCUGACCAAUACAUGGAAGUUAUAUGGACAUCCGGAUAGCCCAUUGAAACACUUGAGAUUAAGAGAGAAUAACACCCUCCUUAAACUUGAGGCUAUUGUUCAAGCCGCUUUUGAUUGGACUGGUGAGUGCAAUUCGGAAGCGCCUCCAGUGCUUCUCACAGUAGCAAGAUACACAUACAACACUAACUAUAGUAAUCCACCACCGAGUAUUCGUAUUGCAUUGAAUUGUGAUCUAACUGAUGAUGAAGUACAUCAUCUGUUUUCUGUUCUCUCGUCGAUUGUUACUGCAUAAAGCAAUGUGGCCUUCAUGUGACCGACACAUAUUGACCUACAACAACUGGCUGUGAAUUUUCUUAAUGUGAUAUGAUAUACAACUACAAUUAAAUAAAACAUACGCUUUUUUUAUAAAAAUGAAACACACUCAUAGCUAACUUCUUUGUAGUAAUAAAUGCGUAUAUAUUUAACACUGUCUUUUUCCUUUAUGUGUACUUGGCAUGGUGGAUUCACUCAACCGGGUUUUAUAUUGCUGUUUUCGUUCAUUUCUUUAAAAAAAAAUUU